AUGUGUAGGUUCCAGGUUCUUGGUCCAGCUGAUCCUGUUUUUGCUGUAGCUGGUGAAGACGUUGUUCUGCCCUGUUACCUCAAACCCAACAUCAGCGCUGAGGACUUGGAGGUCAGGUGGUUCAGGGAGGACUUCUUGGCUCCAGUUCAUCUGUAUGUUGACAGAAAGAACAACUUUGAAAAACAGAGUAAACCUUACUGGGGUAGGACAGCAGUGUUCAAAGAGGAGCUGAAGACAGGCAACAUUUCACUGAAACUGUUAAAGGUUCGAGGCUCAGAUGAUGGACCCUACAAAUGCUAUGUUCAAAUGAAGGAUCCCCAGUAUGAUGAUGAUCAUUCCAUUCAGCUCUCUGUAGAAGCUGUAGGAACUGAGCCAGUGAUCUCCAUGGAGGGAUACAGAGAAGGGGGCAUCGGCCUGCUGUGUGAAUCUAAAGGCUGGCAUCCUGAGCCUGAACUCAUCUGGCUGGACAGUGAGGGACACAGUCUCCCUGCUGGAUCUACAGAGACACUCAGAGACAGUAUGGACCUCUUCACUGUGAGACGAAGUGUCGUCGUACAGGAGGGAGACACUAACAGGUUCACCUGUCGAGUUCUACAGCAGCAGAUCAAUCAGGAGAAGGAGACAGAGUUUCACAUCCCAGCGGAAAUGUUCCACCGCGCUCACGCCUGGAGAGUAGCUUUCUCUGUGCUCCUCCCUCUGACUGCUCUUACUCUCAUUGGAUUGGCUGUUUUAAUCCACCGCCAAGUGAAACUGCUCAGAAAGAGAGGUCUGCUUUCUCGACAGCUGAUGGAUGUGACUCUGGACCCUGAUACAGCUCAUCCCAAUCUCAUCCUGUCUGAGGAUGGGAAAGAAGUGAGACACGGAGACAUACGACAGAAACUCCCUGACACCCCAAAGAGGUUUGAUCCUGUUGUAAGUGUCCUGGGAAAGGAGGGUUUCUCCUCAGGGAGAUUUUACUAUGAGGUGCAGGUUGGGGAGAAGACUGAGUGGACUGUAGGAGUGGCCAAAGAGUCCAUCAACAGGAAGGGGAAGAUUACACUGAGCCCUGGGAAUGGAUACUGGACCAUAUGGCUGAGGAAUGGGACUGAGUACAGGGCUUUAGCUGGUCCCGAUCUCCCCCUCCCCCUGAGAGAGAAGCCCAGGACAGUGGGGGUGUAUGUAGAUUAUGAGGGGGGUCAGGUCUCCUUUUACAAUGUGGAGGCCAGGUCUCAUAUCUACUCAUACUACACUGGUUACACCUUCACUGAGGAUCUCUAUCCAUACUUCAGCCCGAGUCUCAGUAAAAAUGGCACAAAUUCAGCCCCACUGAUCAUCUCUCCUGUAAAACACAUUGGCUGAAUUAGAUUACUGAGUUACAUAUUUCUCUGUUAUCUGCCUAAUUGGUUCUGUUUUCACUUUGA